AUGGAGACGACUGAGACAACGGAGACGUCUGAGAUGUUGUCGGGGGAACCAUCUACUCAGGAAAUGGCAAAUACCGAGGAGACCGCGACGGAGACGUCGGAGGUGGAGUAUGAGGAGCCAUCUACUCAGGAUAUGGCGAAGACCGAAGAGACCACGACGAUUACGACCGUGACGGAAAUGACGUCGGUGCCUUCUACUGAAGAGACGGUAAAGGAAACGACGACGUUCACGACGGAGACGUUGGAAGUGGUGCCGGCACGUUCCAUUGAUAAAUUGGAGGAUAUUACAAUGGAGACGACUGAGACAACGGAGACGUCUGAAAUGUUGUCGGAGGAAUCAUCUACCGAGGAUAUGGCAAAUACCGAGGAGACCGCGACGGAGACGUCGGAGGUGGAGUAUGAGGAGCCAUCUACUCAGGAUAUGGCGAAGACCGAAGAGACCACGACGAUUACGACCGUGACGGAAAUGACGUCGGUGCCUUCUACUGAAGAGACGGUAAAGGAACACGACGACGUUCACGACGGAGACGUUGGAAGUGGUGCCGGCACGUUCCAUUGA